UUUGAUUAGAGACAAAGUCGUUUUGGUGAAUAUUGGCGUCAUUCAUGUUUUACCAACAUUUACAUUCUGUCUCAACACAGAUGGAUACUACAAUCCUCAACAUGUUUCUGGCUACAGUGCUGCUCAUGGGCUGUGUAUGUGUGGUACCUCUCCAAGGUCAGAAGCCAGGACAGGUGGACCCCCUGACUCUGAGCAGGGCAUCACAGUGCUGGACCUCCUCCUCAGAGCUCCUGCUGGAGAUGCGCUCCCCGAGGAUCGCUGACACCGUGCCUGCCUUCUGGGACCUGAUGGUGUUCCUCAAGUCGUCAGACAACAGGAAGCACAGUGCUCUAUUCUGGGACCUGGCCCAGGUCUUCUGGGACAUUUAUGUGGAUUGUGUCCUGUCCCGGACCCAUGGACUGGGGAGGCGGCAGCUAACUUGGCCCCAUGAGCAGAUCACUGCAACGCGCUCACUCGUCACUGACAAAUCUUUUGUUCAGGACUCACAGACUAACGUCUCCAAACUGAAGGAGUCGUCUCAGGGAUGGCUAAAGAUCCAGGUUCAGCACUUUGGACCAGGCAUUUUAAAUCACAUCAUUCGCACCAGGGGGAUCAAGAGUAGAUCUAUUCUUUAA